GUUCCUUCCCGGACCGGACCGCCGUCCAUGUUUAUCCUGCUGUCCGUGAAGACAGCUUACAGAGUCAUCAAAAACCCAAAACCUUCGUCUCAUACUACUCGGAGAAAUAGAGAUGUUAAGGCACAUCCUCAGAGCCGCACUGAGGAAGCCCCAGAUACAUCCUCCAUGGAACCCAAAAUCCAACUCUACGGUUCCUUCUAUUUCGGCAUUCGAUCAUAAUCACUUCUGUUACUUCUCUUCCAAAUCCAACCUUGCCAAAGCUAAGAAAACUGACCCAAAAUCCAAGAAGAAAUCCACCAAUGAAGCCACUGCCGACUCAUCUGCCACCGACGUUGUUGACGCCGCCUUCUUUGAUGAUGGGGCCAAACGCGUCCGCCACCUCAUGGAAGACGAGAAGGACCCUUCUCUCGAUGUGGGUCCUAAUGGUCGACCUCUGUUCACUUCCACCCCCUCGCUCUCUCAGCUCACUCGCAAGGACACCUGCACCUACUUCAAAUUCAGCGAGGAGGGAUUGAAUGGGGCCUUGCCUGAGGGCUUGCCAAAGGGGAUGGCAAAGGAGUUCGAGGAUUCAAUGCGGAGAGCUGUGUUAGUUAGACAGAGCUUUUUGGAUCUUCGCGACAAUUUUAGACGCAUUGUUGAUACUCAUCCGCUUUCCUCUGGUGGUAAAGAUCCAAAAGUGAGAAAGCAAAUUGUAUUGGAUGGCCCUGUUAGCUGUGGGAAGAGUAUUACACUUGCAAUGCUUGUUCACUGGGCUCGUGAUGAGGGUUGGCUAGUGUUUUAUGUCCCUAGAGGGCGGGAAUGGACUCAUGGUGGAUUUUUCUAUAAACACCCAGAAACUGGCCUUUGGGACACACCUGUUCAGGCUGAAAAUAUUCUUAAGGAUUUUCUGAAAUACAAUGAUCCCAUUUUGAAGAAAUUACCAUGCCAUAUAUUUGAUCCUGUUCCACUGGGAGAGGGUGCUGGUGUUGGGUGGAUGAAGGGAGUUGACUCCAUGGCAGUUCCUGAAGGUUCAACUUUAUAUGACUUAAUUCAAAUUGGAAUCAAGCUCACACAUGCAGCUGUUGGAGUGGUAGUUCGUUUGAGGAAAGAGUUAUCACUUGUGAAAGAUAUACCUGUGCUCAUUGCAAUUGAUCAAUAUAAUAACUGGUUUACAUUCAGUGAGUAUGAAGAACCCGUAACUAUUCGUUCUUGUCGACCAAUACAUGCUAGGGAACUUGCAACGGUAAAUGCUUUUAGGUCCAUGAUGCAUAAUGACAUGAUGGUGGGUGCUUUUUCUCAUUCAACAGCAGUUGGAAAGCUGCGUAAAGACCUGCCUGAUGUUCCUGUAGAUGCACGUGUCAAUUUGGCCCGCUAUGAUUUGAAUGAAGCGGCUGCAGUUUGUCAUUACUACCUUAGGCAAAGACUAAUACGUCGUGAGGCAUUUUCAGAGGAAAACUGGAAGAAAGUAUAUUACUUAUCCAAUGGAAAUGGAGCAGAAAUAAGGUCCUUAGUUUCUUUGAUGCAGUGAUAUAUAAGAUACUGCUUUUAGCAAUAAUAUAUUUGAAGACAUCUUUUUGGGAUUAUUCCCUCUUCAUUCUUACGGCUAUCGUCUCUAAGCACUUAACAUUCAUUCCUUUUUGUUGGAGUCGAUGCUCAAGCAGCAAAAUGCAGUUUUCCUCUUUUUGAAACCCUAUUGUGAUAAAUCCAGUGGGUUAGCAAUAGAAGUCUUAAAUUUUUGUGGCUUAUUAAUUUACUUGAUCCAGAUUAUUCUUA